UUUCAAAAUUAUUCAUUUACUUUUUGACCAUCCAUCUACUAACACUAUCUAUACAGUAUGUCCGUUUUUGAUAUUUUGGAAUUGCGUAAUUACCCGCGCAAUUACUUUGACAUGUCUUCAGCCAACUGUAUUGAACAUUUUGAUGUUGCAGAAAUAGUUGAUAAUCUCAACUAUUUUAUCAAAGAUAAUAGAGCAUAUACAGAAGAUAAUGUUUUGGUAUACAAUAUAUUCAUAUACAGCAUACCCAAAAAGUUCACGCAAAACUAUAUACAAAAUUAUUUCUCAAAAUUCGGUAAAUUGCUGGAUGUAAAAAUUGUUGUUGACCGAAACAGCUUUCAACAUGAAGCGCCCAAUAUGUGGUUUCUGUACUUUGCUGAACCAGAAAGCGCCUGCAGCGCGCUUAUAAAAUUUUAUCAUCGCUUUGAAGGCUUACGUAUUGGUGUUAAGGCAGCGAACAGCUGGAAUCAGCCCCAUCCCGAAAGAGCUUGUAGUGUUUUGUCAUACGAUAGCUGGUUUCCGCCAACAAUUGCAUCAAUACCCACAAAUGGCAUAAAUAUACUUUCUUUGAAUGACGAUUGUUUGGAUAUAAUUUUCGGUAUGUUGCCGUUGAAAAAUAAAGUUCGUUUUGCACGUGUAUGCCAGCGCUUCCACGACAUUUUUCAAAUUCAUUGCAAACGCGAAUUCAAAUGCUUCGAUGUGACUAAUUUGUAUGGAAUGACAUUAUGGGAAAUACGUGAUUUCUUUCGCUUUGCUGGCGGACAUAUUGAAGAAUUAUUAGGUAGACUGCCGUUCAAAAAUCGCUUACGAAUUGUCAAAUUUAUCACAAAAUAUUGUGAAAAGUUGCGUCUGAAUCUGAAUGAUCGUAAAAAGCGUGCAGAAUGUGUGAAAAUGUUGGCACGUUAUAUACAAAUGGUGAAUAAUUAAAAUUACCAACGGAUAGAAUCCUAAUUAUUUUCAUCAGUCAAUUUUAAAAUUUACUUCGUUGCACAAUGGUAAAAGCAAAAAUAAUAACAAACGGAAAUGAUUUACAAAAGUAGGAAGAUAAAGAGAAAAUUUGGAUAAACGGUGUUGCCCGAUCGUAAUUAAAAUUAUUGGAAAAUACUGAACUCAUUUAUUGCCAAUUUAUAUAUACAAAACAAGUUUGUUAAAUUAACUUUAUAUUAUUACGUUUUUGUCCAUAACAUAAGUAUACUGACGUUGACUGAUAGAUUAUAAGUUAUUUAUUUACAAAGUUCAUAUAUUUAACAAUUUUGUGUAUGCUUAUUUUUUAUUUAUAAUUACACUUUAUAUUAUAUUCACUAAUACCUGAACAAAUUGUUUCUAUACACUUAUUUGAUACUAUAAAUAUAUAUGAAAAAUAU